AUGUCCAUGUCUUCGAAAUCUUCCCACGCUACCAGUUCGCUCGCAACACCGGAAACGCAAGAAGUAGCGAAGCGAAUAAUCGCGUCAUCUCUGCUUAAAUGGGAAUGGGCUGCAAAUUCAAGGACAGAGAUGGAUUUGAGGCGAAGGCUGCUGAUAGCCUUCACUGAGCGUCAUGCUCGGCGUAUUCGUGACAUUGCUGAGAUUGCAGUCACCACUGGAAUCGAUAGUAGAAAGGAAUUCAAUGCGUUUUACGAUCCCCUGUUUAAUUUCAAUGCAGACGACUUGGACGACGCUCAAGUCAGCGGGGUGGAAACCACGAAAAUGGAGUCACUAAGGCGAGCAAAUAUCUGCCUCAACAUCUACAGUGCAUUCUUCCAGUGUUUGAGCACAGACAACUGCAGUAUUCGCUCGGCGGCUUCACGUUUUUUAGCCGUCAACGUGAUUCGGCUGUCUGGCAUGCUGAAGUCGUUUCUUUAG